GUCGUCUGCAAUUUUGACAGCCUGAAAUUAUAAACAUGGCGGCAUCCACAGAGGAUUCAGUGGAUGACCGAAAAAUAUGCAAAGUUUUAAUUAUUGGAGCUGGAAUGGCUGGUUUAUCAGCCGCUAAUCAUUUGUUAAAAAAUUCCGAACCAAAUUUUUUAAUUCUUGAAGCGCGAGAACGUAUAGGGGGACGUAUUGUUUCCACACAAAUUGGUGAAGAAAAAGUGGAAUUGGGUGCCAAUUGGAUUCAUGGAGUUUUAGGUAAUCCGAUAUUUGAGCUAGCAAUGGCAAAUGGACUUAUUGAUAUAAUAAGUGUUCCAAAACCACAUAAAGUAGUUGCAACAAUGGAAGAUGGAAAACAAUUGCCAUUUCCAAUUUUAGAGGAAAUUUAUGAGGCUUACGUGUGUUUUUUGAGGCGUUGCGAAGAAUAUUUUUUAAGUUCAUACAGUCCACCGGAAGGGAUUAAUAGCGUUGGUGCACAUGUUUCAUUAGAGGCCGAUCUUUAUUUAUCGUCAUUGCCAUCAGAAAAUCGAAGAAUUCGACAAUUAUUAUUUGAUUGUUUGCUCAAACGAGAGACAUGCAUUACUGGCUGUGAUAGAAUGGAGGAAGUUGAUCUUUUAGAAAUGGGAUCUUACGCUGAAUUACAAGGUGGUAAUAUCAGUCUUCCCUGUGGUUACAGUUCAAUUUUGGCGCCUGUCGCAAAACAUAUUCCACGUGAUCGUGUUUUAUCGCGACAUAACGUCACAAAAAUUAGAUGGCGAAAAUCAACGACGAACGAUUCUUCUAGUGAAAAAGAAAAAAUUGAUUUAAUUGAAGUUGAAUGUGAGAAUGGAAAAAAAAUAGCAGCCGAACAAUUAAUAUGCACAUUACCUUUAGGUGUUCUUAAGGAAAAAGCUCAAGAAAUAUUCGAUCCACCAUUACCAUUGUAUAAAAUUCAAGCCAUAGAUCGUCUUAUGUUUGGUACUGUUGAUAAAAUAUUUCUCGAAUACGAAAGACCUUUUCUUAAUCCUGGAAUUUCGGAGGUAAUGCUUCUUUGGGAUGAUAGAAAAUUGUCGGACGAUGAGAAAAAAGAUCUCAGUAAAACGUGGUUCAGAAAAAUUUAUUCAUUUACAAAAAUUUCGGAUACUCUUCUUCUUGGUUGGAUAUCGGGUAAAGCCGCUGAAUAUAUGGAGAAAUUGAGCACAACAGAAGUGUCCGAGGCAUGUACGACGAUAUUAAGACGAUUUUUAAAUGAUCCUUAUAUUCCCGAUCCAAAAGGUUGUUUAAGAACAAGUUGGCAUUCACAACCAUUUACUCGUGGAUCGUAUACAUCAAUGGCCAUUGGAGCGAGUCAAGUUGAUAUUGAGAGUAUCGCUCGACCACUCAUUGAACCAAAUGAAACUAAAGUGAAAAUAGCAUUUGCCGGUGAACAUACGCAUUCAUCGUUUUAUAGCACUGUUCAUGGUGCUUAUCUCACGGGAAGAACUGCUGCCCAAUUAUGCCUUGAAACUAGAAAAAAAAAUGAAAAACAGCCUCUCAGCAUUAAUUGCGAAGAUACCAGUGAUCUUAGUUCCUGGAUACAAGGAAUUUCUUUGCAUUAAUACUUAUAUAUAUAUAUAUAUAUAUACAUAUAUUUCAAAGAGCUUCUUAAUAAUUUCAAAAAAAAAUUUAAUACAACGUAAAACGAAUUUCAUAAAUAAGAAUCGCACGAACAUUUACAAAAAAAAAUAGUUUAAAUUUUCAUUUGAUCUAAUUUAUAUUUAAUUUAAUUCGCGAAAGUAAAAUUUUCAUACUCUUUUAUUCUUAUUUUUAUUAAAUUGAAAUUCUAUUAAAUAAUAAUUUUUAUAAAAUAAAAAUUACAGAAUAUGAAAAUUCGGUUCAAUGAAAAUCGUAACUAAAAAUCAAUUUUAACUUAAUUCGAAAUUUGGUUUUAUAAAAUUCAAUAAAAUCGAAAAUCUUAUUUAUUUUGAGAAAUAAUUAUGCUCUGUGAAUAAAAUUAAGGGGCUGAAUUUUUUAAUAACUAAUUAAAUUGACAAGAAAGUUUGAAACUUUUACUUCCUUCAUUUUAAAUACUUUUUAUCAUUAUUUAAAGCACAGGAUAGAAAUAUUAAUAUUUUAAUCUAAUACGAAUCUACAAUUAGAUUAAUUUAUUUUAAUGUAAAAUUUUUGCAUUAGAUUUGAAAUACGUUUUACGUUAAAAAUUAAAGAUUUGCGUUAGUAUCUACCAAAAGUUAAGUUUUCAUAAAAUUACUUAAAGAUUUUUGAACUUCUUAAGUUGAAAUUUUUUUUAAAUUUUAUUAACUAAUAUCCAAAAAUGGUAAAAAAUAAAUUCUAAUUCAGUUUUCUUUUUUUUAAAUUGAAUAAUACCCGGCAAAAUAAAAAAUUAACUUUUGGUGGAGAUUCGCGAUAGGAUCAUUCUAUUUAGGCGUUAUUUAAUUUUCUUUUUUUUCUACAAAAAGAUAAAAAUUUUUGUACACAUUUUUCACCAACUUGCUGGUGUUCUCUAAAUAACACGCAACGAGUUGAUAAAUUGUAAAUAUAUAGUUAAUAAUUUUUCGUGCAUUUGUACAUAAAAAAGAUUAGCCUAUUUAUAAGUUUAAUGUGCGCAUUUUUUAUAUAGACUAGAUAUAAUAUAUUUAUUAUUAUUCUUAAUGAAAUAAUACUGAAAUACUAAAUAUAACAUUGCCAGUUAUAAAAGGAAAAAAAAGAUGUGAUACAACAGUCAGACAAAAAUUAAUGCAUUUUUUCUGGCAAUAUUUUGAAUAAUUUGGAAAAUUAUUUGUUAAAUUAUUAUGCAAAGCUUUUCUAGUCGAUUAUAUAUCGUUUAUCAUUAAGUUAAGUCUCUAUGUGUUCUUUUUGAAGAACUUUUUUUUUAUUAUCGCUUUACUUUUUAUACUCAUGACUUGAAGAAUUAAAAAAAGCUUAUGCAAAUUUUGAAAUAAUCUGAAAAAUUUAUAUUAAAAUAAUUAUUAUGUCUUCAAUUUCUAAUUUGUAAAAAUAUUCAAAAUUGAUGUUAUUAAGUGCAGUGAAUUUGAUAUUGAUUUUAAAAAUCAUAUUUAAUUUUUUGUUAUUUGAAACUUUUUGUUUCUUACUGUUUUUCUCAAAAAUGUUCUUAUAUUUGAUUGUAAUAUUAUUUUUUAAAUAACUGUAUUUUUUAUUAUUUAGUUAUGGAAAAAAAUUCUAAAAUACUGUCGUUGUCGAUAAAAUAUUAAUUUAGCGUUUAAAACACUAUUUUAUUAAAAGUUAUUUGAGUUUUUUCUUCUUGACACGUUUUUAUAACAAAAAAAAAUGAUUAUUUUUAAGAAAAUAAUUAACUUUUUAUUUUAUUUUAAUUAUAAGUCAAAUGUUCAUAGUAUUUAUUUAUUUUGGUCUUUUACAUUUUCCAAGCAUGAGAAAUUGCAUUUUAUAUUUUUUGAUGUGAAGAACAAAUCAUUGAAAUUAAGUUUUUUAAAAAAAAUUAUAAACUACAGACGACAUAAAAAUUGGCAUCUAUAAAUAAAUGAAAUAAAAAAAAAUGUUUAAUUGAAAUUUUCAAUUUUUAAAAUUCAAUACAACUGUGUGGAAAAUGAAAUGAAAAAUUAAGAGUUUAAAAAUUAUUUUAUUUUAACAAUCUGGAAAAUGUAACGAUAUACAAAUGUGAGAUUCAAACUUAAUCUACUCAUAUGAUUUUUUAUAGUUAUUAAAUAUUGAAUUAUUAUAAAAAAAGAAACUAUAAACGUUACAGAGUUAAAUAUAUAACAAAAAAAUUUUUUUUUAUCCAAUAGCCCUAUAAUAAGAGAAUUACAAAUUACUGCAAAACAAGUUUUAAACAAAUUGUACAACAAAUUACUGUCUAUAUCACUUUUUUCCCAGUAAAUAAUAUCAAUUAAAAAAAGCUUUGGAUUCUUGUUAUAAUUGGACUUUUUGACUAAACAAAAAAUAAUUCAAGGCAAUUUAUCUAUUAAAAAUUUUUAUUAAAAAUUAAUGUCGAAAAUUUUGAAGUUCAACUUUUGAUUUUCAGAACUAAUUUUUAUUUAUUGAUUUACUUUAUUGAAAACAAUUUCGAUAACAAAAACCAAUUUUUUUUCAAUUGAAUUUAUUUAUCAACACCAAUUUUGUCGGCUAAAAUAGAUAAACUGCCUCAAAUUUUGAGAACUUGGGAGACGCAUUUAAACAUGUUCUUUAUCAUAAUUCUCAAAAAAUUUUAAUUUACUCCAAUGGAGAAAAAAAGAGUAAAAAUACUUUGCAAGAUAUUCAGGAUAAAACACAAACAUAUAUUUCACAUUGUAAAUAAUUUUCAUAAUACAUAGUGUAUGGAUCACUUGUAUUUUGCACAAUACCAAAGCAACAUUCGUAUUUUUUUAAAUAUAUUGACUGACAAAUCUUAAUCGAAUUAGUAGUACCGUUCUUUUCUCUUUCGUUUAUUUAUUUUUUGAAUUUAUAAAAUCCAAGGAAAAAAAAAAGCUAUUCAUAUAGACAUCGGCGUUGUGAAAAAAAUAGCGUUUGCCUAUGUGAUUUAAAUGCCAAUUUCAUUUAUAAUUAAUACUCCAUAAAGAGAUGAUGUAUAAUUUAUUUAUACACAUGUAUAUUAUAGAACAGAUAUUACAAAUACAAUGUGAAUAAAAUAAUAUGAGAUACUGUAAAAAAGAAACUAUCAAAUAGGAUUUUAUUUUCUUUCACCUUUCAACAAAACAGCUUUGGCAAUUACAUCCUGCCUUCAUUCUCAUUCUAUAUCAUAAUAUUCACUUUCAGUGUAAAAUAACAUUUUAAAAAAAAUAAAACUUUCAAACAAACUAGUCGUCUAUCAUGUGAAAAUAUUGUUCUUACAAAAAAAAAAUAUAUAUAUAUAUAUAAAGAAAACAAUAAAUCACUUUUAACUUCAUUGUUAUUUGUUUUUCUUUUACUUUCAAGCGCGAUAUAUUAUCCUACAAUUGAUAAGCGUUAUAUAUAUGAAUAUAUGUAAUAAAAAUUGAAAAAUGAUUGGAUAAUAUUAAACCUGUUAUUAAAUAAUACAAUAUUUUUUCAACAUAAUGUCGUGUUCCAUCAGCAAAAAAUUUUUAAUGCAUCAAUUCUCGACAAUUAUAUAUUUAUUAUAUUUUACAAAACAAAUUUUUAUUUCUUUUUUUUUCUAAUUUCGUUAAAGAAUUUUGAUAAAACUAGAAAAAUUACUAACACGCAGUUAAUAGAUAUACUAAAAAACACAAUUUUGGGACAUAUUCUCAUGACAAUAACACUUGUUGCUAAUUUAAAUAAUUAUGCUUGGUAAUAAAAUUUACAUACUUAACAUUUAAAAAAAAUAUUCUAAAUAUAUUAACAUUGACAAAUAUUUUUCAAUUUUUUUGAAUUACAAGUGAGAAACUUAAAUAUUGCUUAUGGAACUUUACAUUCGUGUCAAGUCUUUAGUAAUAUAUAUUUCUAUAAAAGACACUAUUCAAAAAAUAUUUAUUACUAAUUAUUAUUAUUAUUAUUAUUAUUAAUAAAAUAAUAAUAAUAAUUAUAAUAAAAUAAUAAAGAUUUAUUAUUCCAAAAUUAUUUCUUCCUAAUAAGAAAAUUUCGAUACAAAAAUUAAAAGUGUCUUUUUAUAGUUAUUAAUUUGAAAUUUUCAUUGAGUGAAAACAAAAUUUUCCUAAAGAAAUAAUCAACUACAUCAUUACUAUACAGUCAACGAGACAAUAAUAAAUAAUCACGAUAUUCACAAAUUUAUCAAAUUACAAAACUGUUUUUAUCAAAUUAAAAAAAAACUGUGUAACUGAAUUUAAAAAAAUAGUUUUUUGUUUUAAAUAGAGUUGACGCGUUUUGAAUUCUCGAAUAAAUAAAUUUUUCAUUUUUUUUUAACAAAGUCAAAAAAUGAAACAUGUCUGUACAGUAAACUUUUACGCUAAAAAAAAAAUGAAUUU